CUGAAACUGGGUGUGCUGGGGGCGGGAGUGGUCACUGGGGAUUUAAAGAGCCACCACUUCCUUGAGCCUCCAGAGGGCACUGGGAGGGCAAAGCUGCUGAGGGGACACACAGGACCGGAUUGAACCUCUGCUCCCCCUGCCUAAGCCAUGCAGCUCUGUGGGAGUGGUGCGCUGCUGACUGGGACAGACCCUGAGGAAUGUCAGAAGCAGCUGAAGAAGAAGCAGAAGAACCGACUGGCUGCCCAGCGCAGCCGGCAGAAGCACACCAACAAGGCAGAUGCCCUGCACCAGCACGAGUCCUUGGAGAAACACAACCAUGCCCUUCGGAAGGAGAUCCAGGUCUUGCAGGCUGAGCUGGCAAGGUGGGGCCGGACACUGCAUCUGCACGAACGCCUGUGCCGAGUGGACUGUGGCUCCUGUUCUGCUCUGCUGCCUUCUAGAUGCCCAGUCCAGGCAGAGCAACUCUCAGGACAACCUGAAUCCCAUGGAUACCCUAGCUCUCAGGAACAGCUGGGCCUGCUCCAGACUCCUGGCUCCUCUCCCCCAGCCCAUCAACUCUCUCCAGGUCCAUGUGUACAUGAGUCUCUUGGCCUCCUCCCUUCCCCACUGCCCUCACUGUCCUUUGACCCUCUCAUGGCGAGGGCCCCUCUAGCCCAGCUGUCCCCCAGCCCUGUACUGUCUGCAUCAUCCCCUGGUUCCAGCCUGCCAGGGUCUUUCUCUAAGUUGGAUGACCUCAUGCCCAGCACCCCAGACCAGCUGGUCCCUCCACAGCCCCUCAGACUGGAGCAUCCCACCAGCAGGAGGCUGACAUCCUCCUCCAUCCCUCCAACUGCUCUGGGACCAGAGAGUCCACAGAAUAUAGAGCACUUGCCUGCACUUUCUGGCUCCUUGGCAGAUUGGCAGAAGCUGUCUGUGGACCCUAGCCCACACCUCCUCACGGCCUUCCCGCUGCUCUCUUCUGCAAAAGUCCACUUCUAGGCUGUAUCUACAGUUGGUCUGCCUUCCCUAGGUUCUUGAAGCAGCCUCAGCACCCAAGUAGCUCCUCCAUUUCUGCUCGAGUAACUGAGUGCCUACCAUUGUGGACCAAGCAAAGCCAUCCUCUCUCUCACCAGAGACUACCAAAAAGGAUAAUGGGGGUGUGUGUGUGCAAGACCUUGAACCUGGCUAUAAUAUUGCCUGUGUUUUUCUUGGUGGCUCUCCCAGCCCUGCAUGGUACCAGAUCCCAUUAUCCUCAGGCUCCCCUAAAGUGGUUCCUUCAUGACUCUUGGGAUUGGGGCCAUGACUGCUAGGAAAGUGGAUGGGAGCUCUGCAGGGCAGUCAUUCAUACUCAACACCCCAAAGUGCCUUGAGCUCUUCACCAUAUUUUCACAGAUGGAACUGAGUGAGAUGGUGUGUCAGAAGUGAACUCAUUCCUGGGUAGAGCACACAUCUCAGCACAUGUGACGCUAAAUAAAGUGUUUCCCAGGCCUCUUGUUUUUCCAA